UCUGCCGGCUGUCUCGCGAUUCGCUUUGCGCGCCCAAGUUCAUAAAAGCAAUCGGGCGGCCGGUGAGCGUCCAGUCUCCUUUCGCACUCCAAGGAGCGCUGAGCGCGGCUUUCCCACUGCACCGGCCGUUACCUGCACGAGCAAGAUGCUGGCGCUCUACUUGUCCUGCGGGGCGGUGGCGCUGUGCGCCGCGCUGUACGUCUACAUGCGGCGCAGCCUAACCUACUGGCAGCGCCGCAAAGUGCCCGUCGUGACGCCCACCACGCUGUUCGGCAACUACGGCCCCAGCAUCCUGGGCAAGCGCAGCCUGUCGGAGGUGGCGCAGGACAUCUACAACGAGCACAAGGACGAGCGCUACGUCGGCACCUACUUCAUGCUCACCCCGCUGCUGCAGAUCAACGACCCCGACAUCAUCCGCAGCGUGUUCAUCAAGGACUUCCAGGACUUCAACGGGCGCGGCAUGCACUCGCAGCCGAGCUACGACCCCCUGUCCGCCCACCUCUUCAUCCUGGCGGGCCAGCCCUGGCGCAACAUGCGCGUCAAGCUCAGUCCCACCUUCACGACGGGCAAGAUCAAGUACAUGUUCGACACCAUCAGCGAGUGCGCCAACCACCUGCGCGAGCACGUCGACUCCUCGGUGGCAGCCGGCGGCGGCCGCUACGUCGAGAACGUCCGCGAGCUCGUGGCGCGCUUCUCCACCGACAUCAUCUCCUCGGUCGCGUUCGGCAUCGAGUCCAACUCCAUGAAGAACCCCGACUCCGAGUUCCGUCAGAUGGGCCACCGCAUCUUCGAGUCCUGCCUCGACGUCAACCUGCGCCACCUGCUGCUCUUCUUCGGCGGCGACGUCAUGAAGACGUUCAGCAUCCGCUGCGUGCCCGCGGCCGUGCACAACUUCUUCACGCGCAUCGUCGACGAGAUGAUCGACUACCGCGAGAAGAACGGCGUGGAGCGCGCCGACAUGCUCAACCUGCUCAUCAAGCUGAAGAAUGAGGGCUUCCUGCCGCCAGACUCGAACGACACGGCCGAGGAGAAGAACCGUCACAGCGAUGUCAAUGAGUCCAAUGGUACAGAAGCCCGCCUGACCAAACUCUCCGGCAAGGACAUCGCGGCCCAGGUGUUCGUCUUCUUCGUGGCGGGCUUCGAGACCACGUCGACGACCACCUCCUUCACCCUGUACGAGCUGGCCAAGCACCCUGACAUCCAGGAUAAGGUGGUGGCGGAGAUGGACGCCGCCCUCGCGAAGCACGGCGGCAAAGUGACUUACGAUACCAUCAUGGACCUGCCCUACACGGACAUGUGUGUCCAAGAGACCCUCCGGAUGUACCCGCCCGUGCCCUUCCUCACACGGCAGGCCAUGGUAAAGCGGCAGCUGCCGCUCUCCGACGUGGUCUUGGAGAAGGGCACUCGCCUCAUGAUCCCCGUGCGCGCCCUGCACUACGACCCGCAGUACUGGGACGAGCCGCUGCGCUACGACCCUCAGCGCUUCACCGAGGAGGCCAAGAAGGCCAGGCCCCAGCUGGUGUACAUGCCGUUCGGCGAUGGCCCCCGAAUCUGCAUCGGGAUGCGCCUGGGACUCGUGCAGGUCAAGAUGGCCCUGCUUACCAUCCUGACCCGCGCCCGGGUGGCCGUGGCGCCAGACAUGCCCAAGGAGGUGACCCUCGACCCUCGCUGCAUCCUGCCCAGCCCCGUCCACGGCUGCAGGCUCGUCCUCUCGGCGCGCAAGUAACGCGUCGCACCGCCCAAAUCCCCUGUUUUUCGAGAUUAAGUUUUGAGAUGCGCGUUGAUGACCUGUUCGUAAAUAGGGCAACUUGACUGCCGGUUUGGAACUAUAGUAAGUAUACUUACCGUGGACGCGCCCGUUUCCCGUUGACCUUAUACAUCGCUCAUCUACCGCAUACUGUACUGACUGAAUGAUGUCUCGGCAAGGUCACCUGGUCCACGUAUUUGCCAAACUGUGCUGCAGUUUCAAUACCACGGACCAAACCGAUGACUGGUGUAAAAGGACUAACGGUAAAAAUUUCUCCUUAUCACUUGUUAAUUUUGUAUUAUUAGAUUAAUUACCAAACGCUUUCGUUUCUUAGCACGGGGCGAAAUAAAAAGAUAAGAUUAUAGUCGUUUGACAAGUGAUUGUGAUACUCCGAUAAUUUGGCAUUAUAUUGAAACUGCUAUCACUGACCAUGGUCGAUUCGCCUCUGUCCGCUAUAAUUGUUUAAUUAAUGACUCUGUGAUAUUAUUCUUGUAAAUAUUUUCUGUUAAUGAAUAAAAACAUCAUGUAAAUAGAAA